GGCUGUCUAUCUGGUUUUUCCAAGUCUGGUGCAUUUUGGUUCUGCUUCUUCCACAAGGCCUACAAUUCUGCAAACAAAACACAGACACAGCUGGUUUUGUCAACCAUCAAUGGAUUUCGUACGACCAAGUGUUAAAAGAUUCCCAGUUUUAUUACAUUGAUGUGUAAAUGGCCUGUGUGGUCUGAUUUUUGGAGGAAUCUUUGGUGUUAUAGUAUUUGGUCCUUUUUAACUUCGUCGAAUUAUCAUCUUUCGGAGUUGACGAAAUGGGGGGUUGUGUCUCCACAAGUAGCCCGAGUAAUUGCAGCACCAGGAGCCGGGGGGAAGUGGAUUCUCCGACGUGUUUCGAUGUCGGAUGUUGCGGGUCGAAGAGUACUAUGAGAACGUUCUCGGAUCAUGUCAUCGGAUUGCAGCAUUUACCCUCGGUCCCCAACAGGAUUUUCACAAAUGGGAAGAGUAGCAGUUCCUGCAUAUUCACUCAGCAAGGUCGCAAGGGAAUAAACCAGGAUGCCAUGAUUGUAUGGGAAGAUUUCAUGGCAGAAGAUGCGAUUUUUUGUGGUGUAUUUGAUGGCCACGGCCCGUACGGUCAUCUUGUUGCUCGCAAAGUGAGAGACGCCCUUCCCCUUAAGUUGCUGUCCUCCUUGCAUUCUUGUCAGUUAAGGCAGAAUGGGACAGGGCAGACAUGUUUCAAAGGGAGUUCGAAGAAGAAACUGGGAAGUGGGGAUUCAGAGAAGGAUGUCUCGGCCGAGGAGAGAUUAACGUCUUUAUGGAGGGAAGCAUUCAUGAAGUCAUACAAGGCCAUGGAUAAAGAGCUAAGGUCCCAUUCUAAUUUGGACUGCUUCUGCAGUGGUAGCACUGCAGUUAGUAUAGUGAAACAGGGCUCCAAUCUUUUCAUGGGAUACAUCGGGGAUUCUCGAGCGAUAAUGGGAUCAAAAGACAGCAGCGGUUCUAUGGCGGCGGUCCAAUUGACAAUUGAUCUCAAGCCUGAUUUACCAAGGGAAGCUGAGAGGAUUAAAAAGUGCAAAGGAAGGGUGUUUGCAUUGCAAGACGAACCUGAAGUAUGUCGAGUAUGGUUGCCAUUUGAUGAUGCACCAGGGCUAGCAAUGGCUCGAGCUUUCGGAGAUUUCUGUCUGAAGGAAUAUGGUGUCAUAUCCAUGCCCGAAUUUUCCCAUAUCUUACUCACGGAAAGAGAUCAAUUUAUCGUCUUAGCCUCCGAUGGGGUAUGGGAUGUGUUGAGCAAUGAAGAGGUAGUUGAGAUUGUAUCAUCGGCUACGUCCCGGUCGUCUGCUGCCAGGAUCUUGGUAGAUUCGGCUGCACGUGAAUGGAAACUUAAGUACCCUACUUCAAAGAUGGAUGAUUGUGCAGUCGUUUGCUUAUUUUUGGACGGAAAAAUGGACUCGGAAUCAGACUACGAGGAACAGGGCUUUUCUUCUGCAACCCUUCAGAGUUAUCAUUCCGGUAAUGCAGGUGAAUCCGAUGAUGGUGGAAACAAGUCGGAGCCUUCAUUGCAGAGGAAUUGUACUGUUAGAUCAUCGGAAGAAAGCGGGAGUUUCAGAAACGGAAGGCUACGUCCGGAGGAAUCGGAAGGGAGUGGGAAUAUGGCUGAAGGUGAAGAUCAAAACUGGUCAGGUUUGGAAGGUGUUACUCGAGUGAACUCGCUCAUACAACUUCCUAGAUUUUCCGAGGAAAGGCCAAACCAAUAGAUUUUGUAUCUAGGUAUAAAGCAACU